AAAAACACUUACAGCUUUAACGGUUGCCAUUGGUCACAUUCCCAAUUACGUGCGACGUACACGGAAGUGAGGCGGCUCCACUGCGAUGUGAACAAAAUGAUCGGAGAUCUGUUAAUAUUCGGGACCUUACUGGUGAAUGCAGGGGCUGUGCUGAAUUUCAAGCUCAAAAGGAAGGAGUCUCAAGGAUUUGGAGAUGAAUCGAGAGCACCGACCACAGGUGACAACAUCAGAGAGUUUCUACUUAGCCUACGGUACUUCCGGAUCUUCAUUGCUCUGUGGAACAUCUUCAUGAUGUUCUGCAUGAUCCUAUUAUUUGGAUCAUGAUCAACAUCGCGAGGGGCCGGUGGUGUCUAUCAGAGUGCUGACAACAUGCUAUGAACCUUCUUUAAUUAUGCUCCUGAUAAUUUAAGACUUUAAAUCUCAAAUAUGCUUCUAUCUGUACAGGCAUCUAUGAAUUACUGGUUUUAUUUUAUCCUGCAGUUGUUACAUUUUUACCCUUUUUUGCUCAACGCUGUAACUGUACUGGUACCUUAACUAUAAAUUUGUUAUUAGGUGCCCUUGUAUGUACUCAAUGUACUUUGUAGACACCAAGCUUUAAAUUGAGCCCUCAUUUAUUGUGGUUAUUCUAAUUUAAAGUUUUUUCAGCUUGCCAAUUGUUGUUCAUUACUCAAGAUUCCCAAUCUGCCCUAAUGACCUUGGUAUCUCCUCUGGUCAUUCUAAGUGACAAUAUUUCCCAUUUCAUCGACUGUGCUACUGUACUUUUAAAAUACAGAACAUUUUAAUGUAGCUGCACAUAUAUAAAACAAAGGCCAUGUUCCCUACUGUAAGACACAUGCUGUAAGUAAAUGUAAAUGAACUACUAUGUAAAUGUGUCCUUAUUCUUUACAUUAAAACACACUGUUUUCUUA